UCGCCAGUUCUGUCCGGCUGUGCAGCGCCCGCUCAGCAGGAGGAGCACGGAACGCAGCACGUUCGGAAACGGGCAGCCCCCGCUGCUGCAGUCGAUCGUCCUUCCGCCCCCGGUCCCCACGUCGCGGCCGAUCUGGCCCUCUUUCCAUCCGGCGGCCGUCUCUCCCUGUUCCGCUCCCGCCGCCCUCCUAUUUUCCUCUGACGGCGCUCGGCGCCGGGCGGGGAGGGAGAAGGAAUGGGGAACUUGUGGAGCUUGGAACAAAAGGUUCUGGACUCCAGGACAACAGAAGAAGGAUUUGGGGAAGGGAGAACAGGUGGUCCUUGGGACAGGUACUGGCGUUCUCCGGAUUACCACCCUCCCGCAGUAAAAAACAAUCUGGGGAUAUGACCGGUACUGUUUGGUGUCUUACUCCAGCAUACGCCCACCCGGCACCAACGUUCCGGCCGAGCGCUACAGUGCUCGGCCAUCACGUCGGAGCUGGUACGGAACGGAUCCUAAUUUAUGACAGAGACGCUUAGCAGUCUAUAAUCAUGAGCAACCCAUUCAUGCACAUUGCUGAACCACUGGACUCCACACUACCUGGAAAGAAAUUCUUUAAUUUGAACAAAUUGGGGGACUCCAGAUAUGAACGUUUGCCAUUCUCUAUUCGAGUUCUCCUGGAGGCAGCCAUCCGAAAUUGUGAUGAGUUCCUGGUGAAGAAAAAUGAUGUUGAAAAUAUCCUAAAUUGGACCGUGAUGCAACACAAGAAUAUAGAAGUGCCAUUUAAACCCGCUCGAGUUAUCCUGCAGGAUUUUACGGGCGUGCCUGCCGUGGUUGAUUUUGCUGCAAUGCGGGAUGCUGUGAAAAACUUGGGCGGAGACCCAGAGAAAAUCAACCCCAUUUGUCCGGCUGACCUAGUAAUUGAUCAUUCCAUUCAGGUUGAUUUCAACAGAAGGGUAGACAGUUUACAGAAGAACCAAGACCUGGAAUUUGAAAGAAAUAAGGAAAGGUUUGAAUUUCUGAAGUGGGGCUCCCAAGCUUUCCACAACAUGAGAAUUAUUCCCCCUGGCUCAGGGAUUAUACAUCAAGUGAAUUUAGAGUACCUGGCAAGAGUGGUAUUUGAUCAUAAUGAGUACUACUAUCCAGACAGCUUGGUGGGCACGGAUUCGCACACCACAAUGAUCGAUGGUUUGGGUGUGCUUGGCUGGGGUGUUGGUGGCAUUGAAGCAGAAGCUGUCAUGCUGGGCCAGCCAAUUAGCAUGGUGCUUCCUCAAGUUAUUGGUUACAGGCUCGUUGGAAAUCCUCACCCUCUAGUCACUUCCACUGACAUAGUGCUUACUGUUACCAAGCAUCUUCGCCAAGUUGGGGUUGUGGGUAAAUUUGUGGAGUUCUUUGGGCCUGGAACAGCCCAGCUUUCCAUCGCCGACCGAGCCACUAUUGCCAAUAUGUGUCCAGAAUAUGGAGCAACUGCAGCCUUCUUCCCAGUGGAUGACAUUAGUGUUAAGUAUCUGAUUCAAACAGGUCGUGAUGUGCAAAAAGUUAAUCUCAUUAAGAAGUAUCUUCAAGCUGUAGGAAUGUUUAGAGAUUUCAGUAAAUCAUCUCAAGAUCCAGAUUUCACCCAGGUUGUAGAAUUAGACUUAAAAACCGUGGUGCCUUGUUGCAGUGGACCCAAAAGGCCUCAAGACAAAGUAGCUGUGUCAGAAAUGAAAAAUGACUUUGAAAACUGCUUGGGAGCCAAGCAAGGAUUUAAAGGAUUCCAAGUUGCCCCAGGCCAUCACAGUGACCAUGUGAAGUUUCUAUAUAACAACAGUGAGUUCAUCCUUGCUCAUGGUUCAGUAGUGAUUGCUGCCAUCACUAGCUGCACUAACACCAGUAACCCCUCUGUGAUGUUAGGGGCAGGUUUAUUAGCAAAGAAAGCUGUAGAAGCUGGCCUCAAAGUGAAGCCUUAUAUUAAAACUAGCUUGUCUCCAGGAAGCGGUGUAGUCACCUAUUAUCUGAGAGAAAGUGGAGUGAUGCCUUAUCUGUCUCAGCUUGGGUUUGAUGUUGUGGGUUAUGGUUGUAUGACCUGCAUUGGUAACAGUGGACCUCUACCCGAGCCUGUGGUGGAAGCAAUUAAUCAGGGAGAUCUUGUUGCAGUUGGGGUGUUGUCUGGAAACCGAAAUUUUGAAGGCCGUGUCCAUCCCAAUACUCGGGCUAACUACUUGGCAUCCCCACCAUUAGUCAUAGCAUAUGCAAUUUCAGGAACUGUCAGGAUUGACUUUGAAAAAGAGCCACUGGGGGUAAAUGCCAAUGGACAGAAGAUAUUUCUGAGAGAUAUAUGGCCAACACGAGAUGAGAUCCAAGCUGUGGAGCGCCAAUAUGUAAUCCCUGGGAUGUUUAAGGAGGUCUACCAGAAAAUAGAGACUGUGAAUGAAAGCUGGAAUGCCUUGAAUGCCCCAUCAGAUAAACUGUAUUCAUGGAACCCCAAAUCUACAUACAUUAAAUCUCCACCCUUCUUUGAAAAUCUGACUUUGGAUAUUCAGACUCCUAAAUCUAUCACUGACGCGUACAUCCUUUUAAAUUUGGGAGAUUCUGUUACAACUGACCACAUCUCUCCUGCUGGCAAUAUUGCAAGAAACAGCCCUGCUGCUCGCUACUUAACCAGCAGAGGUUUGACUCCAAGAGACUUCAAUUCUUAUGGCUCCCGCCGAGGUAACGAUGCAGUCAUGGCCAGAGGGACCUUUGCUAACAUUCGUUUACUAAAUAAAUUCAUGAGCAGGCAGGCACCUCAAACCAUCCACUUUCCUUCUGGAGAAACUCUCGAUGUGUUUGAUGCUGCUGAGCGGUACCAACAGGCUGGCCUUCCUCUGAUUGUGCUGGCUGGUAAAGAAUAUGGCUCAGGAAGUUCCAGAGACUGGGCGGCAAAGGGACCUUUUCUACUGGGAAUCAAAGCAGUCCUAGCUGAGAGCUAUGAGCGAAUUCACCGCAGUAACCUAGUAGGAAUGGGAGUAAUCCCUCUGGAAUAUCUGCCUGGGGAGACUGCUGAUACACUUGGACUUUCUGGACGGGAGCGUUACACAAUUAUCAUUCCAGAAAACCUCAAGCCAAGAAUGAAUGUCCAGAUCAAGCUGGAUACUGGGAAGACCUUCGAAGCUGUCAUGAGGUUUGACACUGAUGUGGAGCUCACCUAUUUCCACAAUGGGGGCAUCCUCAACUACAUGAUCCGGAAAAUGGCUAAAUAGGCUCGUGUCGCCAUCAAGACAAGAUCUAGUGAGGGGUCAUUGACCACGGAAGCGAAAACCCUGAAAUGAAAGUCUCCUGGUGGAUCGUGUCACUAUAGGCCUCAUUAACACCAUUAGAAAGUGUGUGCAUUGUGAUUUUUCUUUUGUUGUUGUUAUUGCUUGAUAUACAAAGCCUGAUUUUCCCCACAGCUGGUGGAGAGAAUGAGUGGAAAGAGUUUUAUGUUGAGCAGACCUGAAGCUGUUAAUCAUUAGCUGUUGACUUUUAUCCCCAUUCUUCUCUAAACUGUCUCUACCUUGUCUGACUAUGCUUCCUCUUCUUCAGUGAGAUUUUUUGCUUUAGUUCCCAUUCUCCUUAGCAGUAUAUCCAGAAUUUAACUGACAGUGCAACGAAGGGCUUUCUUUAGCCUCCACACCCAAGUAAUGAGAGACUCUCUUUUUUUGGUUUCCAUUUUCUCUGCAGUAGUUAAUCAGAAUAUUCAUUUGAGGGAAUUAACCUUGAAAUUAUUCAAUUCCAUAGCUUUAUACAGGUUAACAAGAAAAAGAAAUGUGAACUUCUUUCGUUAACAUCUUCCUCCGGAAGCUCUGCUUUCUAUUUUGUAACAGGAGACCUCUGUGGGAGGUGGGGAGUGACAGGGCUGGUGGGGAGAAAGAACAUUUCAAACUUAAAUGAGAUUAAAUCUAUUUUCAAAAAGUG